CGAAGAGUUUAUCAUCUGACACUGUUCCCCUAGUUGGUCUACUUUUGUGUUCAGUGAGAGUUCCCACAAGUGUGUGUGACAUUCUCAGCCAGUGUCUAUAAAGUCCGCUUGCUUGUCUGCUUGUCAUCUUGUCUUUUCUCUUGUGCUGCUGUCAUGGCUCUGCUGAGAGUGUCUUCAUACCGUAAGCUGUUUGAGGAGGAGCAGACGAGUCUGGCUGCAGGACGCUGUGGAGUCCAGGCCCGCUUCACUGCAAGGGGUGGAGUGUCAGAGAUUGAAUGUCCUGAGCUGGAUUUUGCAGCAGCUCGUGCACUAAACAAGGAGGGUGCGUCUCGAUUUGUCCAUGAGCGUUCUGUCAUCGCUGCCCUCAAUGAUCGCCUCGCCGGACUCAUCGAUGUGGUUCGGGGAUUAGAAGAAGAGAACGAGUCUCUGGAGGCUGAGAUCAUUGAGCUGAAGGAGAAGAAAGAGUCAGAACAGAUCUCCACCACCACCGUCAGCAUCAGAGACCCUGCCGACUUCAGCCUGGAUGCUGUGAUAGAGAGGCUGCGCAAAGAAAAGGAGGAGAUUUUGUGUAACACGGAGGAGCUGAAGGGUGAACUGCGGUGUCUGCAGAUGAAAUGUGAUCAGGUGGUGGAGCACAGGACUCUCAUCCAGCAAGAGCGAGAGGAUGUUUCUGUGGAGGUGGAUGCAAUUACCACUGACUGCCUGGCCCUUCGAGAACAAGUUGGCAUCUAUGAGGAGCAGCUGGCUGCUAUGGAGAGGCAGCAUGAAAUGAGGCUGGAAAAUCUGUGUGAGCCCGGGCCUCUGGAUGAAGGUUUUUCAACUGUAUCCUUACAGUUCCCUCCCUUUGACAUAACACCAGCCAUCAUGGAUAUCAAGGGGUACUAUAGGACACUGGCUGAAAAUCUCAAGUUUGAGUUCAAAGGCUCGCACGCCGCCGCCGUUGAUGCCGCAGGAAAGGAGAAAAAGGAGGAGCAGCUGGCCAGGUUGACUGGAGGGAAAGUGAAGGACAUCUCUAAAGAGACUGAUGUGAAUGUCCUCAAAGACUUGAGUGCAGAGCUGGAGAAAGAGUUGGCAGAGCUGAAGAAACAUGGAGAUGAGUUGGAGAGUGAAGUAAAAGCUAGAAAAGCCAAAAACCUGGAGGAAAUUGAAGAGCUGGAGAAUUACAUUUCUCAGCUCGACGAGGAGGAGGCUGAUCUUCAGUUCCAGAUAAAGGAUCAAAGUGAGGACUAUGAAGAACUGCUGAAUCAGAAGAUGAAUUUAGACAUAGAGAUUGCUGCUUACAGGGGUUUGGUUGAAGAAGAAGAGGAAAGACUGAGCUGCCUGUAAGAUGCAAGAACAGGUGAUGCUCUCCUCUGGACUGAAGCAAACGCAUAAAAACACUAAAACCGCAUGUAGUUCAACCCUUAACAGCAAGUCUCACAAAUCAGGCAGGUAAAGAAAACAGCUGUCAGACACACUUAACCUUCUGAACAGAUGUAAACCUUCACUGACAGCUGAAGUUCAGGGAGUUUGUGUAAGCUCAUUGAUAACGGGUCAGUGGCAGGUAACCUGGGUCUUGAAGAAACCCCAGGAUCUGUUCAGCAGUGGGAGUGUGUGCUGAGAGUGAUGGGGGGAUUAUUAGCACAGAGACUGGGAGUUUCAUUAAUGCACAUUCCUAUAUACAGAUACACUACUGUUCAAAAGUUGGGGGCGAGUAAGGUUUUAUUAAACAGAAAGCAUUACUUUUAUUCAGCAAGGAAGCAUUCAAUGAGAAAUUUAUAAUGCUUAAAAGUAUGUCUCUUUCACAUAAUUGAUUCAUUGAACAAUCCUGAAAAGGGUGUUUUCACAGUUAAAUCACAGUUUCUAGAAGAAAAUGAGCAGAUAAACUGUUUAACAUUGAUAAUAGAAAAUAAUAUUGAGCAGCAAAUAAGUAUAUUAUGAUUUAUGAAAGAUCGUAUGUCACUAAAGACUGCAGUAAUUAUUUUGAAUAUUCCACCACAGGAAUACCUUAAUUAUAAAAGAUCUUAAUAUGGAAGAGCAUUUAGUGAUAAUCCACUAUAUUACCGUUUUACUGUUUUUUUGAUCAAAUAAAUAUGGCCUUGGUGAGCAUAACAGGCAUAUUUACGAAAAAAAAAUAUUGAAAAAAUCUUACCAACCUCAAAGACAAUAUUCACACCUUUUAUUUAUAAACUCUUUGAUUUUUCACCUCUCACAGUGUCAGCAAGUACAUUAAACAUUUGAUUGCAUUUGAUUUUAACCAGGGAUGCACCAAUCCCAUACUUGGAUCGGAUAUCAGUUCGAUACCACAUAUUUUUGCUGGAUCAGGUAUUAGCCAUCUAGUACCGAUUCAAAUCUGAUCUUGCUUCUGUGCUAUAUUCUGUGUAUUUUAUAAGCCAACAAAAGCCAUGAAGGUAGUCUAUUUUAAGGCAUUUGAUUUUUCCUCUGUGCUGAUGUACUUUAGCUUUCUCUAACUCAUGUUUAAUAAGUAAAACUGGCCUCAGACAGUUUAGUCUGUGUCAAACCUGCAGAAAAAAAUAUUAGGCUUUGCUUAAAGUCCAUAUCACAGAUCACAACAGAUCAUAUCCAUGUCGUAAUGAAUGCUCCAAUAAUGUAGCCUGGUUUACAGCAUUCAUUAUGACAUUGAUAAGAUCUGUUGUGAUCUGUGAUAUUGCCUUUUAGCAAAGCUUAUUUUUUUCUGCAGGUUUGAUGCAGACAAGCCAGUUUUACUUAUUAAACACUCCCUCGCCAAAUCUCGCCGUGAGUUAGAUGGAGAAAAUGAAAGUAUAUCAGCACAGCGGAAAAAUCUGAUGCCUUAUAAUAGCCUACCUUAAUGUCUGUCAUGUUUAGUAGGCCUAAAUGGUCUGUUAUUUUUACUAAAGAAGAUACACUGUAUCAUCUGAAUUUAUCACAAGAAAUAUAGAAACUAUAUUAUGUAAAAAACAUUGAAUUAAAAAAACUGCACAGUAUAGGGAUUGUAUAACACUCAGUUUGGUAUCGGAAUUGAAUGGGUUGAAAAAAAUGGUAUCAGUGCAUCUUUAGUUUUAACCAGUAAUCAGAUUUUCUUAUGAAACAAACUACAGAUUACAUUUGUUCCAAAUUAAAAAUUUUAUUUACAGCAUUUUUUGCAUUAAACAGCAAGAGAAUUGUAGCUUGCCAAUGCAAAAAGUUCUAUUGAACAUUUUCUAUUGACACCGACAUACAUGUUGACGGUUAUAAUAAUAAUACCAAAAUAACUGCAGUACUCCAAAAUCAAUUUUUCUUGGCUUGUUGAACAUUUAUUUGUUUGUGGUGCCUAUAAUCUUCAGCUAAUUUGUAAUUAAACAUACUCUGUUGUGCUGCAGCAUCAUUUAAAUAAACAUUUGCCUUUAAAAUCA